AUGUCCGCCGCCGCCCUCUUCCGUCGCGCCACCGCCGCUCCGCGCAUCGCUCGUGCUUUUAGCACCUCCCCCUCCCACAACGUCGCCCGCAUUACCAUCGUCGGCAACCUCGCCGAUACCCCUGAGCUUCAGGCCACCAGCACAGGCCGUGAGAUUCUCAAGUAUGCGGUCGCCAGCAACAGCGGUUCCAAGGACAACCGCCAGACCAGCUGGUUCCGCGUCACCAGCUUCGAGCCUGAGGGUCCCCGCCGUGACUUCCUCCAGAGCUUGCCCAAGGGAUCUCUCGUCUAUGUCGAGGGCGAUGCUUCCAUGAGCACCUACCAGGAUGCCGAAGGAAAGACCCGCAGCUCUCUGAACGUUGUUCAGCGCAACAUUGAGGUCCUCAGACGCCCCCAGACCGGCACCUCCGCUAGCGAGUAA